UAUUGGUGUCAGUUCAAAUACCCAUUAUUCAUCAAGGAAUAUGCACCUGUCCCUUCUAUACAGUUCUCUCCUUCUGAAACUUAUAAAUAUGCUGUGACAGCAGCAACGUGUGUACAGAUUUAUACACCCCAAACCCAGAAAGUGACCAAGAUGAUCUUGUGUUUCAAGGAUGUUGCAUACAGUGGUAACAUUCAUCCUGAUGGAAAGCUCAUUGUUGCAGGUGAUGAUACAGAUCUUGUGCAGGUCUUUGACAUCAAUUCACACACCAUACUUCAUACUCUGGACUCACAUAAACAGUCAGUACAUAUCACCAGAUUCUCUCCUCUCACACCCCCAGGUACUUUCUAUUAG